AGUAGCAUAUAUUCAAAUGAAAAUUAAUUUUUGAUAACAUUGUAAAUAAGGUUGCAAUAUAAACCUAGGGCUUCUCCUCAUUCUCCCCUCGCCGACUCCUCAAACCCCUCUCUCCGCCGCCGUCAUCGCCGCUCGGCAACCCCUUCUCGUCGUCGGUCUCCGGCAUGCCGCCCCAAAAUCCUCGUCUCCCGAAGCUCAGCGAUGUGGAGUCCGAGAUGUACAGCGUGAUCAAGAGCAGGAAGGGCUCCGGAAUAUGGACGAACGACCUCAAGAAGGAAGUAAUGGGCCCACCAACCGCGGUCGCCAAAGCCCUCAAGUCCCUCCUGACCAAGAACCUCAUAAAGGAGGUCAUCAGCAUAAAAAACAAGAGCAGGAAAAUGGUCAUGGCCGUGGAAUUCGAACCCUCGGCCGACGUCUCCGGCGGCGCUUGGUACCAAAGCGGGUCCCUGGACGUCGCGUUUAUUAAGAUACUGAGGCAACAGUGCAGGAGACAUGUCGAGGAGCACAAAGUCGCGACUUGUGAGAUGGUAAGGAAAGCCAUCAAGGAGCCGAAGAGGGGCAGGCCUCCUGUUUUUACCACGGAAAUCACGUUGCAGCAGGUAUAUGAGAUCCUUGAGCUGAUGGUGUUGGACAAGGAGGUGGAGAAAGUGAGGAGCUCGGGUGUCGGCGAUUUCUCUCAUGUACCCGAGGGGAGGGACUGUUACAGGGUAUCAAGGGGUGAGGGGGGUCCAAAAGAAGGUGCAUUUGCAUCUAUUCCUUGUGGGGUUUGUCCGAGGAUUCACGAAUGCACACCGGAUGGGGUUAUAUCGCCAAUUAACUGUGUCUACUACAACAAAUGGCUCGGGGGUCUAGAUUUCUAGGGGGCAUCUUGGGGCAAAAUAUGCGUGGUUUUCGGCAUCCAAAUGCGAGACAGGCAGUAAACAUCAAUUUUGUCGAGAAAGUACAUGUCAAUAUCUUAUAUGUAAGCUGAUCCUGUCAAUAUGAGCAGAUUUGUCCGCUGCUGCUUCUACAAUUCUUUCUGAACUUUCCCGAUAAUGUCUGAACUUGAGGCUUUGCGGCAUGAGGAGUGAUCGUGUGUAGUUUCAGGCAUUUCUUGUAGUAUGGAAUAUAUACAGAUGAUUCUAUUAUCUAAAGCUCCUUGGGAAAAUCCUUUGCUUAGCUUUAUGGGUUCUGCAUAUCUUUUGGUAUAUCAUCUGCUCAAGCUUGUACCCAAAUAAAUUUACCGAAUCGAUAAAGAGCCUGAGAAUGUGACUUAACUGUUGUUUACCUUAGAGUGAUGUUGGUCUAGUGUGAUCAUAUUAACAGCUGUUUGAGAUGAUAAAAUGACCUUUUCUCCCGAUA